AUGGCUUCCCAAAUAGGUCUUGCAUCAUUCUUUUAUCAGGAAAGCUGGGAUAUUCAAGUCCACCAUGGUGCUCUAAGCUUUGCACCUUACUCAAAUGAAGUUGCAGGAUUCCAACAUUUUAUUCAGACAAGAAACCAUUUCUCCUCCAAAGAGGAUUUCCUCAAAGAUGUGUGGGAGCAAUCAUUUGGUUGUGUGUUUCCAAAUCCACCUGUGAAUAAUGAAACAGAGAAUGUCUGUACAGGGAGGGAGAAACUGGAAAUCCUUCCUGGGGUCUUUUUUGAAAUGAGAAUGACCAGUCAUAGUUACAGUAUAUACAAUGCAGUAUAUGCUGUGGCACAUGCUUUACAUGCCAUGAAGCUGGGCCAACAAAAUAGGCGAAAGUUGAGUGACAAGAAGUUUGGUCUUCAAGAUCUCCAGUCAUGGCAGUGUGUACCAAGAGCUGUCUACCGGGAUAUUUUAAGAAAAAGCAGGAGGAGAAGCCUUUUUGCUGCUAUGAUUGCCUCCCAUGUCCCAAAGAGAAAAUGUCCAGCCAGAAGGGAUAUUCAUGGGCCUCUAGCUUGUAAAACUCAGUUAAGGAAAUGCAGAAUCCAAGAUCCUAUCCCGAUUGUUCACAAUUAUUUACAACCAGGUGAUCUUACAAUUGGUGCCAUUACUUCUUUGGUCUUCAUAAACAAAGAUAUAAAAGGUUUUGAGGAAGAUCCUCGUCUUUUUCUUGCCUUUGAUUCCUUAGUCUUGAUUAAAUAUUAUCAGCAUAUCUUGACUAUGAUAUUUGCCGUGAAAAUGAUCAAUGAAAACCUCCAGCUCUUACCUAAUAUCACUUUGGGAUUUAAUAUCUAUGAGAGUUAUGGUGGGGAACGCACAUAUCAUGCCUCAAUAGAACUUUCCUCCAGUCAGAAACAAUUCAUUCCCAACUACAAGUGUGGCAUCCUGAAUAAACUCAUAUCAGUUGUUGGGACUCUUGAUCCUGCAAUUUCUGAUGAUAUGGCAGAUAUUUUAAUUCCGUACAAAAUUCCACUGUUUCCAACUGGCUCUUCCCCAUAUGAAAGCCCUUUUUACUACAACAUGGUUCCAAGUGAAAACAUAUUCUUCAUGGGGAUUAUUCGACUACUCUUGUAUUGCAGGUGGACAUGGGUUGGGCUUUUUAUGAAAAGCUUUGAGGCAUUCUUGCAACACCUAAUUGUUUCAAUUUUUCCUUUCUAUGGCAUUUGCGUUGCCUUCUUGGAGCAAUUCAGACUGAUUUAUAUUGACCAGUUUUUUGAUGGUUUGAAAUGGCUUGUCAAAAGCUUUCACAUUUAUGUUAACAGCAGAGCCAAUGCUAUAAUAGUCAGUGAUAAAUAUCUUAUACAUUUAAGAUGGUUGUUACGUCUACCUGAAAUUGAAAUGAUUUCUACAAAGCCUAAAGGUAAGGUUUGGAUUAUGACUUCCAGAGUGGAUCUUGCAUCAUUCCUUUAUCAGAAGAGCUGGGAUAUCCAAGUCCUGCAUGGUGCAUUGACAUUUGCAGCUUAUUCAAAUGAAGUUGAGGAAUUCCAAAAUUUUAUCCAGACAAGAAACCAUUUCUCCUCAAAAGAGGAUGGUUUUCUCAAAAAUGUGUGGGAGCAAGCAUUUGGCUGUGCAUUUCCAAAUCCAUCUAGGAAUGAGAAAAAUGAUGAUGUUUGUACAGGGAAUGAGAAAUUGGAGAAUCUUCCUGGGGCUUUUUUUGAAAUGAAAAUGACCAGUCAUAGUUACAGUAUAUACAAUGCAGUACAUGCUGUGUCACAUGCUUUACAUGACAUGGAGUUGUACCAUCAAUGUAGGAGAAAGUUAAAUGGCAGAAAACACAGUCUUCAGGAUCUCCAGCCAUGGCAGCUUCACUUCUUUUUGGAAAGAGUCUCAUUUAAUAACAAUGUUGGCGAUGAAAUUUCUUUUAAUGAAAAUGGAGAAUUGGUUACAGGACUGGAUCUUGAGAACUGGGUCACAUUCCCCAACCAGUCCUUACACCGAGUAAAAGUUGGGAAGCUGGAUCCCUGGGCUGCUGAAGACCAAAUGUUCACCAUUCAUGAGGAAGCCAUCAUCUGGCCUAGCACUUUCAAUCAAACUCUACCUAUUUCAGUGUGUACUGACAGCUGCCCCCCUGGUUAUUUCAAGAGAAAGCAGGAGGAGAAACCAUUUUGCUGCUAUGAUUGCCUUCGAUGUCCCAAAGAAAAAAUGUCAAGCCAGAAGGAUAUGGCUGACUGUUCAAAGUGCCCAGAAGAUCAAUAUCCAAAUAAGCUCCAAGAUUCGUGUCUUCCAAAGAAAGUGGUUUUUUUGUCCUAUGAAGAACCAAUGGGAAUAGCUUUAGUCACUCUGUUCCUUGUUGCACCUGGAAAUAUUAUAUGUCUCUUUCGACAAAUUAGCUUUGGCAUCAUCUUCUCAGUGGCUGUGUCUUCUGUGCUGGCAAAAACCAUCACUGUGGUUCUGGCUUUCAUGGCCACCAAGCCAGGAUCCAGGAUGAGGAAAUGGGUGGGAAGAGGACUGGCCACAUCCAUUGUUCUUUCUGGUUCCCUGAUUCAAGCAGCCAUCUGCAUUAUAUGGCUCUUCACAUUUCCUCCUUUCCUUGAUACUGACACUCAUUCAGAAAUUGAGGAAAUCAUACUGCAGUGCAAUGAAGGCUCAUCUACCAUGUUCUACUGUGUCCUGGGCUACAUGGGCUUUUUGGCAGCUGCCAGUUUCACAGUAGCAUUUUUCUCCAGGAAUCUCCCCAGCAGUUUCAAUGAGGCCAAAUGUCUCACUUUCAGCAUGUUGAUCUUCUGCAGUGUGUGGCUCUCUUUUGUUCCAUCCUAUCUGAGCACCAAAGGCAAAUACAUGGUGGCUGUGGAGAUUUUUUCCAUUUUGGCCUCUAGUGCUGGAUUGUUGGUCUGCAUUUAUUUCCCCAAAUGUUACAUAAUUAUUGUUAGGCCAGAGUUGAACAAUAAAGAACAAUUAAUAAAGAGAAGAUAG